AUGGACCCUGACUAUGCGAAAUCGCCGCAGGAAGGAAGCCAGAUCGAAAGACACCUCAAAUACCAAGAUAAGACACUGGCGGAGACGAAAGCGCGUGCCAACCUCUUCCUCGAUGGAGAUGGCGAUCCGAUGGCGUUUUAUCACAGCAGUCCCGCUGCUAUCGGUGGUAUACUUACAGAGGUUACGACCCUCCACGGAAUGCCGCUUCCUGAAGGGCCCAGGACAGCAGAGCUUCUGCGUUUUUAUAUUGAGGUCGUCGCACCCAACAUGGUGUCAAUUGACGGCCAGAGCCAGCCGCCUGUGUUCCUUGCCGAGGUACUGCCAUGGAUGCUGCAGUCCCCAUUGUUUCCCAACAUUGGCAUCCUGAUGUCGUCGACGACUCAGGCGCUCGAGCGAGGAUCGGAGAUCUCUAAAAACCCAGAGUCGCUCGCUCUUAAGGCCCGGGUGCUGUCCAUCAUUGCAGAAUACAUGCAGCGGCCAUUCGACGCCAUUGCCAUAGAGAUGGUCCGCUCCAUCGUAAACCUCGUCGUUAUGGAGGCAAGUGAACAGUGGUUUUGGGGCGCCGACGAAAGCAUGUUUGCCCACAUGAGAGGCAUAAAACACAUGAUCAAACUCAAAAAAGGCAUGCGUGGUCUGGGAGAUAUUGUGGGCGAGUCCAUCAUGAUUCUCACCGACUACGAGAUUGCGUGUGCGUUCGAGACGGACCUCUACUGGUUGGAGAAUGACCCGGCCCGGGACGAGGAACUCCCUGUGCCAACGACGUGGCCGGACUGCUACGACAGCCCGUUGAUGGCGUCCUCGUCUCGGUUCGAGAGCAUUGCAGGGAAGCUUGGGCUAUGCGCAACGGCGGCCAAAAUCCUGGACGACGUGCGCUUUCUCACAGUUUCCAUCACGUCACAAUCGGCCUCGUCGGGAUGGACGUGCAAGAUUCGUAGCACAGCAACGUGGCUGUAUAACAGACUGAGAGACAGAGACACAGUCGGGCCUGCCAUCAUCACAUCAGAAGAGGAAUGGAUCCUCGAGACUGUCCGGAUCGCCGCUCUGAUCUACAGCUGGUCCAUCAAGUCGAUGCGCCAGAUAUCUCGAUUCGACGACAACGAGACGCUCGAGGCCGCGUACCAAGCGCUGACGAGCGUAAGUAUGACAACAUGGAAGCGGAUACCGGGGGUGUUUCUCUGGAUCAUGUUGGUGGCGGCCCCGAAUGCGGCGCCGGACGCUAAGGGGAGGUUUGUGAGGAGGAAGAUGGCCGUCACGGGGCUGUCGAUCGGAUUCGAGGACUUUGGGCUCGGGAUAUCGUACCUAAAGGCCUUCUGGAGUUUCCAGCAGUGGAUCGCCAAGGAGGGCAAUACGGGGGUGCAGAGGCUGGAUGACAAGUGGUCUUCGACUCUUGGCCGGGAGGCUCGGUCGAGUCACAAGAGUCACGAGAGCGUCUGA